AUCGGAUAGCCCGAUUGUUCCAAUUAGGUCACGUGCCCUCGGGACUUCCCAAGCACCAUUGCGCCGCACUUGCGCAGUAGUGUAUUCUCGCCGAAUCUGCUGAACUGAGCUCAGAUUUAGCUUCGUAAACAAUGGAACAUCCAACUUUUAGAAGGGCCCCUAACGGGACCCUCCUGCUAAAGGCCUCGCCAGAGGCUCAGGCUCUGGGGCCCCGGCAGGCCGGCUACAGGGCCAGACCUUCCACUGGCUGCUGGAGAACGACGUGGGCUACGCCGUUAAUCUGGUUUCCUCCCACCAGAAGGAGCGAGAGAGGACAGGGUCUCAGUCCCCGCUGAUGGCCAACAAGGAUGCCUUCACCCGGUACUCCUCAGACUACCAGGACUUUGUGGAAGCCGUUAGGUUCCACAAUGCGUUUGAGGAGGCCCGGGUGAAGUCCCUCCAGCCUGGGCAGGAGGGACAGGCCCUUGUUGGCUUCGGCGACUUCAGAUUUGAGACCCUGCAGAGCCUGUACGAGGCUGAGGACCCAAAGAAGAUCCGAUUCGUCAACUACCUGAGGAGGAAGGCGCCAGCUCCAGGCACGCAGAUGGAGAACGCCGUCCGCUACGUCAGAAGCCGAGACAGACAGAGGAGUAACCCUGCUGCUGCUGCCACCACUGCUACCAGGACCUCCACCUCCUCCACCUCCACUGCUACCAGGACCUCCACCUCCUCCACCUCCACUGCUACUAGGACCUCCACCUCCUCCACCUCCACUGCUACCAGGACCUCCACCUCCUCCACCUCCACUGCUACUAGGACCUCCACCUCCUCCACCGUCAGCAGCAGCUCUGUCUCUGUCUCGGCUUUGAUGCAGGAUCCCAGAGCUGCAUCCCAAUUUGCAGCCUUUGUCUCUGGCCGGCGUUCUCUCUCUGCGGUGGAAAUGCAGGCAAAGAUAAAGAAGCUGGUGGUGUCUAAGCCUGCAUUUCCAGCCUCCUCCAGACGAGCUCUUUCCUCAGAACCACCUGAGGAGCCCAUGGAUGAAGAGCUGGUCCAGGCAGUAGUUGACGUAGAGGAGUAAGAACUGGAAACCAAACACCUCAGCAGUACAGGCCCCUCUCUCACUCCUCCCUCCUCCUCCACCUCCUGUUACCUCCUCCCUGCCACGGGGGCAAAAUGGAGAAACAGCAGGGCCAGAGGAGCCCACUGAUGAGGAGAUGCUGGAGG